UUUCUACUUCGCCAAACAUCAAGAACUUUGACCUUGGAACCAAGUCAUCCUUGUUGUCACGAUGUCAUAGUUCUUAUGUAACUUAGGGCUGGGCUGGUGUGGUGCAAGCUUAAGGCUGCAAACGCGGCAGUACGUCAGAUGCCCUGCGAACUCUGUACGACAAGCAUUGGCUCAUCACCGUCACAGAUACCCAGAUACCCGCAAUCCAAUCAUCGCACAGAGAUCUGACUGUAUCUGACUCGGACAAUUGGAACUUGUAGUGACGCAAGUCUCGCGUUUUGAUAGAUCUCAGCUGAUAGAUUUUUCAGAUGUCUUUCGUUCCUCCUGAACUUGUCUUAUGUAUCUUAGAACAUGGGUACUACACCUCGUUACGCACCCCGGACUAUACGUUCCUCAAAGCUGCUGCGCUGGUGUGCAAAACGUGGUCAGGACCUGCACAAACCCUUCUCUUUCGCAGCGCAACAAAGCUUGAGCCACACAAUAUCCUCACAUUUCAUGCAGCACUACUCUCUUCGGCAAGCCAGGGGAAAGCCUUAGGUGGAUGCGUACGAAUCCUCGAAAUUUCGAUUGUGCCGGCCUCGAUUUCGAAUGGGGGAUGCAGUCCAGAUGACUUUGUGGCCCUUCUGCAAGCCUGCCCUCAGUUGUAUGAGCUCGUGCUGAGCAUCAACGGAAUGCACGAGUUUGAGGAGGAGAUACUGAAGAAGCUGGGAGAUGCAGGGCGGAGACUGAAAGCGCUCACGCUGGUGAAAUGUGGACUCCAAUCACCCAUCCUUUUCCAACUGCUCAAUAUAUGGAAUAAUAUCCAGUUUCUCAAAAUCGGACACGAGAUUGCUGCAUGGCCAUGGCGCACUGCUGCCACGACGCCGGUGCUACGGAGGAAUACCGACCCUGCAGAGUUGGCACAACGACAUGGUGCGGAGGUCUGUUUGUAUGACCUUGCCUUGUCAAGGUUUCCCACCCCAGACGUUUUAACCUGGCUGCUUGAAUCAUCUGCCGACUCCCUCCGCAUCCUAGAACUGCGAGAUAUACCGGGACCCGCGCAGCGAAAUAUUCUUUCUCUCCAUGCCCCGCGACUUCGCUCCCUCCGUCUCGCGCAUUACAACACCUAUUCUGCUGCUCUGCUCCGCAUGUGCACUGCGCUCGAAGAGCUGGUGAUUUACCAUGUGCCCACACAUUUUCCACUAGCACCUGAUCUUCCGCCCACCAUCGAACACCUUUCUUUCAGAAAUCCCAAUCACACCUACCGCAACACGCUCCAGCCCAUCAUCGAAGCAGUGGACGCGCUUCCAAAACUAAAAGUCCUGACGUGUGACAAGAACGCGGAGCAACUGGUGAUGGAUUAUGAGAUAUUGAAGGCAAAGUGCAGAAUGAAGGGUGCAGAAGUUAUCGUAUCGGAUAUGCCAUUCUGGGUGUACGAGGACCCUGUCAUGGUACACCGUUUUCCUCGGACUCGUUCUGUGUCGAACUUUGACGCAAUGUUUUAAAUACGAGAAGGGAAUUUGGGAAAUUCCUGGUGCUGAUUUUUUGUGGUAUAUGUCACAAGCUUAAUCUACAAUACGGGCAAUAUACAGUCGGAGUUCGACUUGCGAGCCUG